AUGUCAACUUCCUCAUCCACUACUUCAUCAACAAUAAACAAGGGAUCACAUACAACUUUAUGUAAUCAACCGAUAAUUCAUCAAUUACCAACAUCUACACGUUCAUCUUCAAUAUCUACUGUUCGAUUUCAAUUAGAUAAAACAGUAAAUCAACAUCAUCGUCAAGAACUCCAAAUACCAAAUUUUCCAUUUGAUCAAAUGUGUCCAUCUUCAUCAUCAUUGCAAAAUAAAAAGGAUCGUGCCAGAUUUAGUAGUGUGUCGGCGAGUUAUUCUCAAUUUUUAAAAUCAAGAGAUAUUGAUAAAGUUAAGAAAAUCCUUUCUCAAGAGGAUCAACGUCUAUUAUUAUCAAGUGAAUUUUUUGAAGAUGCUAAAGAUAGUGAUCCAUAUGUAUCAGUUAUUGCCCGUUUAGGUGAGGCUAUUCAAGAUUCAGAGACAUUAACCGAAUUUGUCAAAAAAUCAUUUUCAAUUGUAACAAAUACGUGUAAGUGCUGUCACAAAAUACUGUAUUUUCUCAACGGAUCAGUAUGAACAAAAAAAUGUCAUCUUCUUGAAGAAAAAGUAGGAUUUAUAAGACUUCAUGUUAUAAAAGAAGAAAAACAGGAAGAGAGAAAUCGAGAUAAAUUAGCCAAAUAAUGUGAGAUAUAAAACGGAAAUUUUGUGCACAUUUCUUUCUUCUGAACUAAACAACUGUUCGUUUGAUGUGCUUGACGAAUAAUUCACACAACUAAGCAUAUGAUUAUUAUUUGAUAUAAAAUACAGUUCCUUCAUCUAUAUAGAAUUUAAAUUAAGCUGUAUGAUAAAUAGAUAUAUCUCGAGGGAUUUAUAAUAGUAAAUGUUUCUUAGAGUUUGAUCUUAUAGUUUAAUCGAACCCCUUAGGUCCAAUAGACUCGUUAUUCGCAUACAAUUUUAUUAUAUGGGAGAAAAAAAUGUUCGAUUAAGAUAAAUUUCAUACACAUUCUGGAUCACUAUACAUGAAAUGCCAAAAGAAAUCACAAUUGAACAAGAAUGUGCAUGUUUUUUUUUCUCGUUUAUCUUUUGAGAAGAAUUAUAAUGACUUUUUGCGCAUAAAUUGACAACGCGUUUAGAUCAUUCACACACAUACAGAUAUUUAAGUUACACUGAGAAAAAGAAAGGAAAAAGAAUGCGUUUAGAAUAUUUUCCUUUUGUUUGUCUCUUGAUUAGUCUUGUUUCCUGUGAACUGUGUGUAUGAAACAAUGAAAAUUAUAUUAUAUAAUGAAAAAAAAAAAGAGACAUUGCGUUCAAAAAUUGACGAAAUAGAAAAUAAAUAAAUGAUAAUAACUUUAAACGGAUGUACACAUCAAACAUAGAAAACCUAUUAGAGAAAAAAAAACAUUCAUGUCACUCCACCAAGAAACAGCCUAGAUUUGAAAAUAUCUUACCUAUAACUAACACGUUCUUUUCAAUCUGU